CUUUCACUACACUUUCCAGAUUAAAAUCUUUGAACAAAAACGCUGACAUUUGGCAGACGGAUAACUUAAACCAGUGAAAAUUUCCUCAGACACUCUCUCGUCACGCCGGGGCAAAACGUAACGUGGCUUAUGCACUGAACGUGUUCGAGGAAAAUUCUGCAAGAAAAUUAAAUCACUAAAAAGGUUUGGAAUAAAGAAUGAUCCCAAAGCCAUUGCGCGUCUUGAGCAGAGGCGCUGCUAUAAUUUUUGGAGGAGUUCUGACUCUCAAUCUUGCUGCUACUGUUGCUGUUGGUGCACUUCGUUCUGUAGCUGAAAAUAAACGGAAAAAGUUUGCCUUGCCUUGUGGAGUUUGUAAGGGGAAAGGAUUUUACGUAUGCAAGCUGUGCAAUGGAAAUGCUACGAUAAAGUGGUCACCUUUGUAUGACCCUAUUCAUAUUAACCCUUGUGUUUGCCCUACUUGUGAUGGUAACAGGGUGCAGCGCUGCCUAAACUGCAUUGGGAAAGGUUAUAGUUGACUACUUGACUUGAUUCUAAUUCAGGACAUAGACAAUGUGGCUAGGUUUAUGUAAGUUGAAACCGCAUAAGCUAUUCCUGAAAUACUUUGCACAUAAUGAUCAUGGACAGGACUCAGGAUAUUGCUGAUGAAACUUCUAAGAGGGCAUAGUUCAUUUGCAAUUGGUCAAGCAAUGUUGUUCUGUCUUCUUCACAUUUAAUAAAGUAUAAAAGCUCUAUAUAGCUUACAGCUUUAUGGACUAACAAAGCAAAAUUCAAACUUUAUAUAUCUUACGAGUUUACUUAAUGGCCCUCAGACAUCA